UCUUUUUCUUUUCUUUUUCACUGUCUUACAUCAAGAAAGAACACAUAAAUAACUUCAUCUCAAAGGGAAAGCCGGUUCUCGUAAAAUUAGAAAAACCAAACCCACAGCCAAUCAUCAGCAGCAACAAACUCCAAGAACAAAAUGAGUACCGAAGAAGCAAAACGAACCACCAACGGAGGUAUAGUCGGGAAAUCCAUCUCCGAUGAUCGGAAAGUAUCUCCGGCUACACCUCCUCCUAGUUCCAAGAAAAUCAUCAUAAAAAACGCCGACAUGAAAGACGACAUGCAAAAGGAAGCUAUUGAUAUUGCUAUCUCCGCUUUUGAGAAGAACAAUGUAGAGAAAGAUGUAGCAGAGCAUAUAAAGAAGGAGUUUGAUAAGAAGCACGGACCCACUUGGCAUUGCAUCGUUGGUCGUAAUUUUGGUUCGUAUGUGACUCACGAGACAAACCAUUUCGUUUAUUUCUAUUUAGACCAGAAAGCAGUUCUGCUAUUCAAAUCUGGUUGACUGUGAUGGAGAUAUCAAAGAUGGCAACUACAAGUUCACGAUCACGGCGCUAUAGUUACUUCUGUAUGUAUUAAGCCAAAUUCACUUGCAUGCAUGAAAAACCCGAUCUAUUCGUAUACCCAAUGUGUAUAUUAGAUUUCACUCUGGAUAUGAAUUUAUGGUCUUUCCAGUCAAAUGUUUUUCUAGUCUUUUUGAGUC